AUGGAGCCAACGCACGUGGUAAGGGACCAAGGCUGGGUACGUGAGGACCCCUUCACCACAGUGAUGAUUCGCCGGUUGCCUGUGGAUAUGACGCCUGCGAAGCUGGUUGGCAUGAUCAGCAUGAUGGUCCCAGGCAAGUUUGACUUUAUCUACAUGCCGUAUGACCGCCGCAGGAGUGUCAACAUCGCCCUUUGUUUCAUCAACCUCGUGAACUUCAGAAGUGCCAAGGAGCUGUGCGAUGACAUCAACCAGCUCAACACCAGCAGGUCAUGGACCUUGGUGGCUUGCGCGAGCAACGUGCAGAGCCUCAGCUUCAACAUGGCCUACUACGUCGCGCGCUUUGGCCGGAGCACCAUCCACGACCCACAUGCGCCCUGGGUCUUUAAGGAUGGGAAGCGUGUGACGAGCUCUGCGCUGUCGAAGGCCUAUGAAGACAUACCUCAGUGGGUGUACGAGGAGGCACAGAACUUCGUGCGGGCUGAGAAGGCUGGGAAAAGCAGCAAAGGCUUCCGUCGACGCACCAGGGACCUCAAUUGGAAGCCAAUGGACUCCUCAAAUGGAGCGCAAAGUGCCGGGCUCGACCAUGGCGAUUCCGGUUGCGGCAGCAUCUGUGACUCAUCUCGCUUCAGCAGCUCCAGCGUCAGCGAUGACAUCAUUGUGCGCUGUCACCCUGACUUGCUUCUCCAGGCAGGCUUGGUUGAGCAGCUUCUGGAGCAGCACGGCGAGCUCCUCAUCAGCUGCUGA